AUGAGCCCAGCUCCCACCCCCCAAACCGCUCCACCCACCCCCCCAAACCGCUCCACCCACACCCCACACCGCUCCACCCACCCCCCAAACCGCUCCACCCACCCCCCACACUGCUCCACCCACCCCCCAAACAGCUCCACCCACACCCCACACCGCUCCACCUACACCCCACACCGCUCCACCCACACCCCAAACCACUCCUCCCACACCCCAAACCGCUCCACCCACACCCCACACCGCUCCACCCACACCCCACACCGCUCCACCCACACCCCAAACCGCUCCACCCACACCCCACACCGCUCCACCCACCCCCCAAACCGCUCCACCCACACCCCACACUGCUCAACCCACCCCCCAAACCGCUCCACCCACCCCCCACACCGCUCAACCCACCCCCCAAACCGCUCCACCCACCCAAACGGCUCCACCCACCCCCCACACCGCUCAACCCACCCCCCCAAACCGCUCCACCCACACCCCACACCGCUCAACCCACCCCCCAAACCGCUCCACCCACCCCCCAAACCGCUCCACCCACACCCCACACCGCUCAACCCACCCCCCAAACCGCUCCACCCACACCCCACACCGCUCAACCGACCCCCCAAACCGCUCCACCCACCCCCCAAACCGCUCAACCCACCCCCCAGACCGCUCCACCCACACCCCACACCGCUCCACCCACACCCCACAUCGCUCCACCCACCCCCCAAACCGCUCCACCCACAGCCCACACCGCUCCACCCACACCCCACACCGCUCCACCCAAACCCCUCCACCCACACCCCACACCGCUCCACCCACACCCCACACCGCUCCACCCACACCCCAAACCCCUCCACCCACACCCCACACCGCUCCACCCACACCCCACACCGCUCCACCCACACCCCAAACCGCUCAACCCACACCCCAAACCCCUCCACCCACACCCCACACCGCUCCACCUACACCCCACACCGCUCCACCCACCCCGCACACUGCUCCACCCACACCCCACACCGCUCCACCCACACCCCAAACCGCUCAACCCACACCCCACACUGCUCCACCCACCCCCCAAACCGCUCCACCCACACCCCACACCGCUCCACCCACACCCCAAACCGCUCCACCCACACCCCACACCGCUCCACCCACACCCCACACCGCUCCACCCACACCCCAAACUGCUCCACCCACACCGCUCCACCCACACCCCAAACCGCUCCACCCACACUUCUCCACCCACACCGCUCCACCCACACCCGAAAACUGCUCCACCCACAUCCCAAACUGCUCCACCCACACCCCAAACUGCUCCACCCACACCCGAAAACCGCUCCACCCAUAUCCCAAACUGCUCCACCCACACCCCAAACUGCUCCACCCACACCCGAAAACCGCUCCACCCAUAUCCCAAACUGCUCCACCCACACCCCAAACUGCUCCACCCACACCCGAAAACUGCUCCACCCACACCCCAAACUGCUCCAAUUUAUUUCUCCUGCACUAACCAAAUGCGAAGGAAACCCAAACAAGCCACGUCACCCGCCGGUGAGGAGGUCCGGUUUCCUUUCACCCCUCCGCUGGUCUGAAAAGUGA